GAGCCGCGCGCUGCUGGUCCCGGUGCUGCCGCCGCCGUCUCGCUGCGGUCAGUCGGCGCCCGCUCUCCUCGUCAGUGCGCUGUGUCCUCGGACCCAUCGCCGCCCCCUCACCUCGCUGCGGGCUCGGGAAAAUGUCUGAAGAAUUUUCAUUGGCAGAUGCGCUACCUGACCACUCCCCUGCCAAAACCUCUGCUGUGAGCAAUACAAAACCUGGCCAACCUCCUCAAGGCUGGCCAGGUUCCAACCCUUGGAAUAACCCAAGUGCUCCACCUUCUGUGCCAUCUGGACUCCCACCAAGUGCAACACCCUCCACUGUGCCUUUUGGACCAGCACCAACAGGAAUGUAUCCCUCUGUGCCUCCCACCGGACCACCUCCAGGACCCCCAGCACCCUUUCCUCCUUCUGGACCAUCAUGCCCCCCACCCGGUGGUCCUUAUCCAGCCCCAGCUGUGCCAGGCCCUGGCCCUGCAGGGCCAUAUCCUACACCAAAUAUGCCCUUUCCAGAGCUUCCAAGACCAUAUGGUGCACCCACAGAUCCAUCUGCAGCUGGUCCUUUAGGUCCGUGGGGAUCAAUGUCUUCUGGACCAUGGGCACCAGGAAUGGGAGGGCAGUACCCUACCCCUAAUAUGCCAUAUCCAUCUCCAGGGCCAUAUCCUGCUCCUCCUCCCCAGGCACCAGGGACAGCACCACCUGUUCCAUGGGGCACUGUUCCUCCAGGAGCCUGGGGACCACCAGCACCAUAUCCUGGGCCCGCAGGAUCAUAUCCCACACCAGGACUCUAUCCCACUCCAAAUAAUCCUUUCCAAGUGCCUUCAGGACCUUCUGGUGCUCCACCGAUGCCUGGCGGCCCCCAUUCUUACCAUUAAGUUAACAGUGGAUGAAGAGAUGACGCUUUGCUUUUUGAAGUACAUAUAUAUGCAUAUGAGUGCAUAUAUAAAAAUUGCUGGUUUCACUAUUAGAGGGCAUUCAUGAAAGAACAACCUUGCACUUCUCAGAGAAGAUAUCUGCCUCUUGUACUUGGAUGCAUAGUACAUCAGAUGGAUACAGUCAGUUAAAAAUGUAAAAGUAAAUCAUUCACAUGUAAUUUUUCAUUGGUUUUUAUGAAGUUAAAGUGAUUAAGUAUAUUGAAUAGCUCUUUGAUACAAUUUGUUUAAAACAAUUAUUUGACUUGUUUAAAUUAUGAAGUUACACACUUAAAAAUCUAAGGUGAUGUGGAUUAUUGUUAAAAUCUACAACUUGAUUGGGAAAUUAUUUGAAGUAUUUUUCUAUAAUCACUGUUCCCUAAAUAAACACUUGAAAACAAUCAUAUUGUCAUAAUUUAAACAAAUGAUGCCUCUCAACAUCUUGAGCUGCUUUAACUUAGGAUAAAUAAACCUGGUUCUCUUGAGGUUAUAUUUUGAGUAUACAUUUUUAAAUUCUUGGUGAUUAUUGUCAGAUGAUACCUUCAUUAGCCCAGGCAGUGUUCAUUUUUUUCUUUGUACAAAAACCUUUUGUGGUUUUUUUUUGAGUUCUACCUAAUUUGUUUUAUAUUUAGCAGGAUGGGUCAUACAGCUCUAGAAUCUGCCAUUUACGGAAAAUAAUGUUUUGUUUUUUAAUGCAGGCCAACAAGUAUGUGAAUGAUAUUCUUAGAGAUUGCUUUCAAACGGAUUACGAGAUGUCCAUAUUGCUUUGGAGGAGCUCAGAGAAGGAAUUCUCUUCUUUGUCUUGAACCUCAAAUUAGAGGAAACCCUGGGAAUUGCUUCAUAGUGACAAGUAAUUUGCAUUCCCACAAAACACUACCCAGACCAUUCCCUGUAGCCUGCUCCUUCCUUCUUUAGAAGAAAUACAUCCCUAAUUUCUCUCCUGGUUCUGAAAACUGGCACACUCUGGGAGUCUGUCGUAACACAUGUAGCAGUUCUGUUUGGAGAACCUUAGUCAUACAGCCAUGACUGCUCUCUUUGUACAAGUGCCAUCAAAGUAUGCAUCACAGUCUGGUCAAGCUGUGUCAUUGUCUCCUUCAUAGUUUCCUGGGUCUGUGCGUAAAGUGCUUAUGGCUAACACUUCAGUUCUGUUUGUUGACAGGUAAAUAAAUAGAAUUGAGUGCCUCCUUAAAAAGUACUCUCUAACACUGAAAACAGUAGUGUAGAUUUCUGCAGCUGAGUUUAAAGCAAUGUGACUAUUACUUAAUUCAGGAUUGUUUGUAACCUCCAAAAUAGCCCAAGGAGCUUCUUUGCCCCUUCUCUUUAAAUCAGACUUUUAGGUUUGGGAUAGAAUUAACCAUGUUAUUUGUUAAAUAACAUUUAACUUUGAAUGUAUGCAUUUGGGUUAUAAAAUAUAUUACUAAUUUCUUGACCAGUAUGAGAGAGAUUUAUCCUAGAGCUCUUGUUUUUGCAGAGAAAUAAAAGAUGUAGUGGUUUAUUUUUCUUAGAGUUAAAAUGUCAAUGCCAAAUGCCACCAACUUAAUGGUUUGAUAGCUACCUCCUUUUAAGAAAGCAAGAUGGUCACCCUUGAGAAGAACCUUGUUUUUAAGCUUCCCUUUUAAAUAGAUAAAAAAUUCAAAUUUUCAGAAUUGAAACUAAUUUGUUUAGAUAUUUCAGACUGGGUGAUGUAGUUAGACACCUCUUACGUGUUGGCACAAGUGGUCCUUUUUUUUUCUUUCAUUUCCUUGCCAAGGAUAAGUGGCAGCCCUCUACAGUUUUCUUGGAAUUUAUCAUCAAAGCAGCCUCUAGUUUAAAAGGCAGGUAGCCUUAAGGUAUCGUAGUUUAAAUUACCAGUCAGUAUCAAAACACCAGCUUUCUCUAAGGGUUAAUAUGAUAGGAAAAGUGAUGGCAGCAAAGAUCUCUCUCCUUAUGGUUAUUUCAGUUGUCCUUUUUUGGGAUAAGUUAACUACUCUGGCUUUAAAUGUGUUAUGACACUACAGAAGAUAAUGUUUAACGAAAGGAGAGUUAGCAAGUUUAGGAAUCUAAUUCUGGAGUCCAUUGAUUUUCAGAGAAAAUCUUUUGCCAAAGGACAUAUGGCUUGGAAUUAUUUCUCCCAGUAAGUUUAUUGACUGUGAAGUGACACUUACUCCUCAGCAUGCCCUGGAUGAUGCUGUCUUUCUAACCUUCACUUUUCUUUGCUUCUCAAGGAUUUUUCAUUUUAUAGUUGGGAUUUUUUUUUUUUUUUUAAAUGUAAGACUGGAAACUGAGGGGAAAUAGAAUUUGCCUUUAUUUUCUUUUUCAUUCUCUAGGGUACCAUUUCUGAAAUAAAUUAGAGGUGAAGGGAGUCUCAGUUCUUUGUAUGCUAGGUCAAAAAAGCAUUUUAGUUUCAGAGUGGAGCUAAGAAAUGUAGAAAUUGUUUCACUGGAGGCCUAGGGGAAACAUCGAGAAAGGUUAUUUUCUCCUUAUGAGGAAAUGUUGCUUUCAAAACAAGUCACGCUAAGCUGAGAUUGGUUUAUGGAAGACAUUGUUAGGGAGCCUGUUGGGUUUUAAGGGCAUGCAAUGUCUGGAAUAUGUUGGCACUUGGACUUUAAGGGCAAGAAUUUUAAAAUAAAAUUGAUGGAGAUAGUUGAGAUGUGUUGAGAAGUAGUGUUUAUGGUAUAGGCUCUUAGAUUUUGAAAUGUUGAACCAGGAAACCAUGAAAAACUAAAAUAAAGACCUUAGGUCCUCAUUCACACACUCAGUUCUCAAGAAUCGUGUCCUUUUAAGAAGUGCUUAAAAUACUUUGGCUGGUCUAUCUGGACUCAGUCUGAUACCUUUUCAUGCUUUUGAAGAUGGCUGUUUCUAUCUCUUACCUCACAGCACUGUUUGUGUACAUAAUGUGUUAGUUAUUCAGGACUAGACAGUACAUAGUUUAAUUAUCCAAGGGCCUGCUUCCUUUUAUAUCAGUUUUACUGUUUUUUGUUUUCAGGAGAAAAUAAUAGGGCAGAGAAAAAGAGGUGAAUUUUUGGCUUUGGUUGGUCACACCACUGCAAUGGACUAUUGGAAUGUUUUUUAGGAAAGAAGUCAGUUUUGCCCAUCAUAUUUUACCUCACAAAUAAUUAAUGCUACCUAUUGUACUCAAAUGCACAGCUUUUAAAACUUUUUGUGUAGAUGAAAAUAACGCUACGCAAAGUUUCCAUUAAAAUACUGUGCCCAGUUUGCAUAAAAAUCAGUUGCCGACACUUGUAUAUGAUUAGUGCCAAUGUCUUCCUUCCUCACUGUGAAUAAUCUAGUUCUAAUUUUAUAAAAUGGGAGGGUUAUAAACCCUGGACAUUAAACCUAAGUACAGACCUUCGAAUAUUAAAGUUUUUGAAAACCAUAGGCUAAAUUCAGAUGAAUCACUGAUAACACUGUUCUGUGCAUAGAAAGUGGUGGGAGGCUUUCUGGGAAGGAGACAAUUUAAACUUAAUAAGCAAUACUUAGUGUUGAAGACAGACAAUAUUCAUUUCCAGAAUUCUGCCAAGUAAAACAAAAAUUGCCAAUAAAGUAGUAUUAAAGAAGUGCCAUGCACGCUUCUGGCUAUAGAAAACGUAUGAGGAAGGCAUUCAUUUCACCAACACACGUCCUGAUCCAGGUACUUUGCUGGGUGCCAGAGAGACAAAGAUGAGAGUGAAGGCCUGUCCUGGAGAAUCCCGCCUCCUGGGGUGGCAUUGCAGAAUUCAUUAUUAGUUUACCUAGUAUUGCUGCUGGUAGAAGUUACAGACCAGCUUUGGGUAUUUAAAGGGCAAAGUAUGGUCUACCUAAAUUAAUGUUUUUCAAUAUUGUAGUGUUUGUCAGUGCAACAAUUCAAGUCUGCAAAGCAAUGGAUGUUUUUCCUCUACUUUUCCCCUGGGUAAGGGCACUUUUACUGCCUGUCACUGUUUAGCAGAUACUGAUUUGUUGCCAUUAAGUAAACUUGACUUUUAUGUGUGCUCUAUAAAAGUAUUUUGCAUUUUUUUCCUUGGUAUUGUGAUAUUUUUCAUUGACUUAAUAAUGACUAAUGUAUGUAAUUGUCUAUGCAUUUUAAGUUAAACUGCCUAAAAUGUGAUUUAAGACAUAUACAUUUGUUUGUAUUAUGAACUAUAAGCAAUCUGAGAUGUUGGGUUUUAUCACCUGCUGCUGUAUUUGUAAACAAAGACAAAUAUUGCUUUAAGAAGUAAUUAUAAUUAGGAAUAGCCUAUGGAUGUGAUACUCAAUAUUUUUAAAGAUAAAAGUUGUUUGCUUCUGUGUAUUACACCUGAAAACUUUUUAAAAAUGUAUUUUCAUGGUUUCAUUGGUUUUCCAUGUAUUUUAUUCUCUAGGCCCAAUGUUAGGCUUCUCCGAGCAAGUCUUGACCCUAGUUUACCACAAAUUUGUUGUCAUAAAGAAAGAAAAAAAGGACCAAAGAUGCCCUUCUCUCUAUAACCUGCUUUCCCAAUUUAAGUAGCUGCCUGGAAACAGCCCCUUCUCCACAGACCUCCUUUCAGCAACCCAGGGUCCUUUGUGAGGAUUUCCUCUAUUCCCUUCAAGGCUGUUAUUCUUUGUAACCAGGUUGUCUGUAUACAUGAAGUUAUAUAGAGGGCAACCCUCUCUGCCCUUGCUGCCACCACCCUCUCUUUUGUGAAAGCUAGAUUUACUCAACGUAAUUGUUAUUCAUUAGUGAGGGUCAUGUUAUUAAACUUGGUAUGGUUUGCCAUUUCCUUUCCAUAGGGAGUUAUACUAGCAUUUCUUGAAACCCCAGUGUGUGUGGAGCUAUGAUGAAUGAGUAAUUUUCAGUAUAUUCUAUUUUUGAAAGAAAUUUCUGCUUUUUGGCUUAUAAUUGGAUAAAACUCAACUCUAAGUUUUUUUGUGUUUGAUGUCUGGUUUCAUAGCCCCUAAAACUACCCACCUAAAAUGAAACUAAAAAUAGGUAAAAUAUAAGACCAUUCUGGAGCAGAGAAUUAUUUCUCCCAUCAUGAAGUAACAUUGCUUAAUGAAAUUUCCAUGUCUGGGCACUCUGCUUCCCAAGCAGGUCUUUUAUUUUUUUAACCACCAUACUAAAACUUAGUAUCUGUCCCAUUGCUACAGAUAGGGAAGGCAAAAUAGAAUCCUAAAUUUACUUACUGUUAAAGUCAGCUGGGGCUGCCAUAGCAAAAUACCAGACUGGAUGACUUAGACUUAGCUGGGGAAUUCUGAAUCUAACUGCUGGUCCAUUCAGUUUCCCAGUAAUGACUAUUCCUGACUUCCAGAUCUUGGUGUGUCCUCACACAGUGUAGAGGAAGGAAGCAAGUUCUCUGUUGUUCAUGAGGGCACUAACCCAGUCAUGGCCUCAUCUAAACCUAAUUACCUCAAAGGUCUAAUCUCCAAAUACCAUAUUCUGAGGGUAAGGGUUCAACAUAGGAAUUUGGACACAAUUUACUUCAUAAUCAUUAAGUGAAUUGUUUGGGAGAACAAAGAAAAGUUACUUUUAAGCUUUAAAAAUUAUCAUAGAUGACCAUGUCUUCUAGUCGAGGUUUGCUGAACUCAUAAUCAUGGAUCCACAAGUAAAAUAGAAUCUCGGGUUACCUAGAAUUCUAAGUCAUGCUUAAAGCAUUACUGUCAAUCUAAGAGGGAAUUUGGCAUUUUGUUAAUUUGCUAUGGUCGCAUUUUAUGUUAGGCCUCACUUGUUUUAAAUGAUCUUUUAAACCACCAUUUCUUAAAGAUUAGGUUGGUAGAUUAAUAAGACAGCUUCUUUUAGGCGUAUGAAAUCCUUUUUAAGGAGGUAAGUCCAGGGAGCAACCCACAUCUUUCCUGCCUCGCCCACUGCUCCCCUCAGCAGUGUUCUUAGGUCAGUCUGCCUGUUCUGUUCCCCACUCUGUCUCUGGUGAAUUCUCUCACCACCCCCAUACCUCUGGCCUGUACCCCAGCUCUUGUAUGCAUAAAUUAAUAAAUCUUUAAAAAAAAUAAUAAGGAGGUUGGGCCUCCCCGGUGGCGCAGCGGUUGAGCA